ACUAACACAGCACGCGCAUGGGAGAACGCGAGAUUUUUUUUUCUUCUUCUCUAAACCUGCACGUCGCAUGAUGGCUUAUAUAUGAGGAGGACACUUUGGGAUGCGGACAUAAACAAGCGUCUCCACGGAGAGAAGCGCGUGAGAAAACACAACGCUGUCCGUCCUCUCUCUCCGAGAAGGACUCCUCCCCACCUCGGCCGUGACACCUCCGGUAAACCGCCGAGAAAAGGAUAGCAGUCUCUUUUUUUACGCAGAGCGAGUCUAACAUCACCAUUCAUCUGCCGCUGACUCGCUGACUGUAUGGCUUUAAAAAGUUGCCCGGAGAACAUGGACAUCUGACGUGCGCCACACGGCGUCAUUGGACACAUUGAGUCUCUCUCUCUUUUCACCAUCACAUCUCGGUCUGACUAAUCCCCUGCGCUUUGGGUUUGGAGUAAGAAGAAGUGUUGAGCAGUUGUCAUUUGCCCUGACACAGGCUACAUCCAGUAGCUCCCUGCAUAAAGGGGGACAUUACCACACCACACCACACCACCACUGCCUGUUGUGCUGCGCAUUUGUAUGUGCUGAUCUCACUGCUUGUGCAAAAAUAUUUUGUCAGCCCACCACGGAUUUGUGCGAGCUGACAUCCUGCAUGACAUAAAGCCUGUGAUUCAUCUGGACCCUCUUUCUGCACCGGCGAGGACAACACAGUGACGCGUCGGUUUUUUUCCAACUUUAAAUUUCCAACCCGAACAAGUGUCAUCCCAAGUGUCCCCUUUGAAUGGUCACGUUCUUCGCCUUUUUCUAUGUUGUGCGCAUUUCUAUUUGUUUAGCAUUCACAAAACUGCGCCAGCAACACGCGGCCACAUGUGAAUGAGACACUCGUCACCUGUCCCGGUUGAAGCGCCCGUGUACAACUCGACUGACUUGACCGACACUUGAAGAGGAAUUACGUGCCGAAGUUUCGCUGUAGUGAUGCUGCAAAUGGAAAUGGUCAUCUUCAUCUGCCUGCUGCUGUUGAUGUGUGUAUUUAGCCAGGAGCCCAGUUCCAAAGUGGUGGCCGACCGCUACGCCGUCUUCUGGAACCGGACCAACGCCAAGUUCCAUCGUGGAGACUACCACAUCGACGUGUGCAUAAACGACUACCUGGAUGUCUACUGUCCUCACUAUGAAGACACGGUGCCUGAGGAGCGGACAGAGCGAUACGUCCUCUACAUGGUCAACUAUGAUGGCUACAGCACAUGCGACCACACCGCCAAGGGCUUCAAACGCUGGGAGUGCAACAGGCCGCACUCCCCAAAUGGACCGCUCAAGUUUUCGGAGAAGUUCCAGCUCUUCACUCCCUUCUCUUUGGGCUUUGAGUUCAGACCGGGCAGAGAAUACUACUACAUCUCCUCCACCAUUGCUGAGAACGGGAGGAAAACAUGCCUGAAGCUCAAAGUUUUCGUCCGACCAUCAACCAGCUGUGUGAAAACUAUAGGCGUACAUGACCGCGUUUUUGACGUAAACGACAAAGUAGACAAUACAUUAGAACCACGAGACGAUACCAGCCAUGAACCGGCUGAGCCUUCCCGAAGUGACGAAACGAAUGCUGCACCGCACCUGCAGAAAACAAGUCCACUCCUGGCUUUGUUGCUGGUCUGCCUAUCAGCACUCUUCACUUUAUAGCGCCUCCCUCUGUCCCGGAGGGCAUUUACACCUAGCGUGGCCUGAAUCUGCCCGAGGCUGCAGGGAAGGGGCGGGAUUUGGGUGGAGCUUGUUUGCUUGAUUGGGCAUCAGAGCAGGCUUCUCAAGGAACCCUCUAUUUUUUUCAGAAAUAUAUUUAAGUGGUCUUUCUCCGUCUGUGAGUGAAAAAAGUUGAUGUUGGAAGUGGGAGAGACAGUAUCCCCCUCUUAAACCUUCAACUAAGAUGCCAAAUCCCGUUUUUUGACACUUAGUGAUUCUUAUUUUCCGGUGACUUUUGACAUCCCUUUACAUCAUGUUUAUGUCAUUGCAGCACUGAUUUUUACCCACAUACACAUACACAACACACACACACAGACAGACACAUGCUUAGAGAGUCAGAUACAUAAACAUGACGUUAACAGUCAAUAGCAGUAGGAUUUUUUUUACAGUUGCAUAAAGUAGCAGCAGUACACAGUAGGAAAGUGAAGAUUCUAGGUCUUAGAAAGAACUGUACAUACAUGAAUAAAUAGUCAUCCCGAGACCUCUCAAGAAGCCUUUCGAAAACUGUUUCGAUUAAGUUCUGCAAGGUCAUAAGGAGCAGGUAUUUGCGGCUCCAUUUUACUCGAAAGUGCAGCUGAAAGAUGCAGGGAAAUAAGAGUAAUAGCAGUAGUCAGACUGUAAAACACAGCACUGAGGAAAUCGUACAUGGCAUGCACCUUAGCCCGCUGGUCUUCAGACUGUCCUGGUUUAUAGAUAGCGCCCAAUUUCCUCUUGAAUACAAAGUGUGUGUAUAGGUGGAUAGGGCUUGAGCGAGUGAGUGUAAAACCUUUGGAGCAACAAGGCAUCUUUUUCUUUUCCUCCUUUGUGCAGAGUAUGCCAGUCUCUGGCUCAAUAAAACACCUCUCAAACACAUUUGGUUCACCAUGACUCACACAACAGCUAAAUUGAAACUUUCUCACCAGAUACUUUGCAGACUGCUGUUAAGUUCGAGGAUCAAUAUCUUUUGAAUGUUGAUCACACAAUUUCACGGCAACAGUCACAGUCAUUUUAUGCAAUGUUUACUGAGCAGGGCUGCAAUUGUUCUCUCUGUUCCGUUUGAGUAUUAGUCAAUAUUAACACUCCCAAAAGCAUUUGCAUCCACAGUGUAUUGAUUGUUAAAGUGAUUGUUUAAAAGUGAUUCACAGCUAAAUUGCAGAAUUCAUUUGUCUUUUUUAAAUUAUUAAGUUACUACUCAGAUUUACUCUGCCAAUUGUGUCUCCAAACAUUGCCUCCUACAAUGGAGACACUGAAAACUUUAUAUUUUUGUACAAUCUGAAAUCCACUUAAAUUAGAACAGAUGUCAUGGAAAAAGUGUUUUAAAAGACACUUGAAUUCACAGAACCUUUUCUCACGUCGAUGCCACCUAAAACACAGCUUUGACUCAUCAAAUAUUAGUUAGCUGGUUAUCGCAGUUUAUAGUUUAUAGUUUAGUUUAUUGCAGCAGUCAGUGCAGCAUUUACAGGACUGAUGUAUAGUUGCAAUUAGUUGAAAACACAAUGCGAGUAGAGAAGUAUCCGUUUAAUGUGAGGCAAUGCACGGCUCUAUUUAGUCUGGCCAGGUUUAUGUUAGCACUUAGAUGAAAAGGAAUUCACUGUGUUAUAAUGAUAUUCAGAGUCCUUCAGCUCCCGCCGAUGCACAUGGUGAGUGAGCAUAAUGAAAGCUAUUAUGUCUUUUUUUCAAACGAAAGAGAAUUGUUUCUUUGCUUUCAUAGAAAUAUGGACAGAUAGAGAAAUUAACUCCUUCCUUUUAGAGACUGUUUUUUGUUUGAGAAAUGGGCCACCAAUUUGGUUUGUAAAGACACAUGGAAAGAGAGAAAUAGAGCAAGAAAAGGAGCGCAGGAGCAAUUGCAUGUCCACCUUGGGCUCCUAGUGUUACAGGUUUAAGUGACUCUUUAAUGAGGUUCAAAAUGACAGGCAUGUGGACCCCAUGUUGUGGCAAGGGGAGUUAUUCCUGGUAUUAAAAAUAGAUGGUGGAAGGCUUGGGGGGUCUCGGGAGGGG